AUGUGGGAUACUGCAUACCUGAAAAGGGUGACGCUAAUUUCUUUUUUUCUUGUCGGGGUUAAGUACUUGGAAUAUUUUUCUAUAAAAAAGGAGCAUAGAAAUGAGCGCACCAAGUCUUUUGCGGAACCUGAAUCAGCUGAGUUAGGGCUCAAUUUUGGGGGGUGCGCCCGUAAACAAAAAACGCUGACCAAUUUUCCAACCGGGUUUCCAUUGCACAGUAGUAACAAUGGUGUACCCGAGAAUUACCCUGAGGAGGUCGCGCUAAGUGCAAAUGGCCAUAUCAAACGACAUCAAAAGGGGGAUGACGACAUAUGCACACUUGACCAAAGUAACCCUACUUUGUGCUACAAUGGGGUGACUUUUUCUGAGGGGGAAAGUUGCGCUAAACCUGUCCCAUCGGCGCUAAUUGGGAUGAAGAACAACAACUGGGCAUGGAGUGAUAAGGACGAUUUUUACAAGAAUGGAAAUGAAAAAAAUGCACUUGUGCUGGGUAGGAACAUUGUGAAGCGGAUUAGCUCUCUCUUUUUUAAAUUGCUUGACGAAUGUGCACAGGUGAAAUAUAAGUUGGCCAAUCUGUUGGACGUUUUUCUCACGAUAGGAGGAACACGCAAGUUGAAUUUGUUGUCCCCCCCAGGAAAUAUAGCGGAUAGUAAUGCGUAUACAUUUACAGGUGAAGAUAAAAUUUACAGAAAAAAUUUUUAUCAUCCUGAUGUGCUUUUUCGAAAUGGUUACAUAACCACAGAAGAACAGUUGUUCCCUUUUCAAUACACCCAUUUUGACCGCGUCCGAAUUAUCAAUAGUGAGGGUAUCACAAAUGGCACAGUCCUUCUGGACGAAUGGUUAGAGGAAGAGACAUAUCAACAGGGCUACGAAUCUAAGUGGGAUAAAGUGAAGUGCAAAAUUGUACCCUUGGGAAAAGACAUCAUGGGUAUGUCGCCGAACAUAUCAGGCAGGAGGUUAUCGGACACAAUGCCGAUUCUCAAUGAGGGCGAUGAGGACGGCGGAGAGCAUCAAGAGAAGGAAGAUAAACGCAAGGAUUACAAUGAAGGAAAGAAAGACUCGCAUUUGGACAAUGGUUAUGCAGUAAUCUAUCACCCGAUUGAGCAAACUAAAAGCAAAAGAAUUUGCAGGAUAUUGUCACCUCAAUGUAUAUACCAAACUAUGGAACAUUUUGGAAACGAGCUAGAAGGAACCAAAAAAAAAGAAACGUGUAUUAAUUGCAGGAUACUGUCAGAAAGGAAUUCCAAAUCGGAUGACAAGGAUAAGGACAAAAAUAGAGACACGGAUAAGGAAACGGAUAAGAACACUGAUAAGAAUAAGGACACGGAUAAGGAUAGUGAUAGUGGUAGUGAUGAGGAUAAAGAUCAAGAGAAAGAUAAAAAUAAUGAACAGAGGGAGAAUGAUGAAAAUGAAAAGAAAUAUUAUAAAAAACCAAUGUGCAGGAUCUUGCAGGAGAACGAUGGGGAACCAAAUCGUUGGAUGAAUGACACGGAUGGAAUAAGAGGAGAGGUGGCAAUUUUAGCAGAGAAGGGUGGUAAAAGUUGUGAGAAGUGCAGACAAUUUAGAAUACUGUUAGAACAGGAUCAAACGUCCUAUCACUGUGCAAGUGGGAAAGGUGAAGAAGGAAGUGUGAAGGAACAAGUCAGUGCUGUAUGUGAUAGGAAGUGUAGACAGCUUGCAAUUAUAGGGGAAGAAUAUUCUUCACCGGAUGAUGAGUAUUCAUAUAUAAAUGUAUACGAUGGAAAUACGUCUGAUGGGAAUGGUUCAAGUAGUAGGAUAUUUAGUGUUCUGGCACAGGAAGGGCCGUCACAAGAUGACACAAAGUCUAAGUCAGAAGGGGGAAAUGUUGGCAGGGAAACUGUAAUUAAAUGGAGUGGAGGAAAUUAUGUUAGGGAAGGUGUAAUUAAAUGGGGUGGAAGAGGGGGAAAUCAGGAAAAGAAGCUUGAUGUGAAUAACAAUUGGAACAGUUCCAAUACUGCGAAACAUAGGCUUAUAGCACAAGAAGAAUCCCAACAAGAAGGUUAUGGGGUCGAUAUGGAUGAUGGGGAUGAGGAUCCUGGUAUAGACGUAGGUGAAUCUAGAGGAACUGUCGACAGUGGAAAAACUAAAAAUCCGGGGGAUAAAUCUGAUGGAAAGAACAAUGGAAAUGAUCAAAACAGUAGGAUAACUAGGUUUGUAGCAGAAGAUGCAGAAGAACAUGAGGAGCCACAAAUAGAUGGAGGAGCUGGAAAUAAAGGGGAUCAAUCUAAAGGAAAUACUUCUGACGGCAAUGAUCCCAAUAGUAGCCAAUAUAGAGUAGACGGACGUGGCCCAAAGGGACAUGGAGGAGCUGGAAAUACAGGGGAUCAAUCUAAAGGAAAGACUUCUGAUGGCAAUGAUCCCAAUAGUAGGCAAUUUAGGGUUCUGUCAGAAGAUACCAGGCCAGAUGGCGAUCUUUUAGAGGUAGACGGACGUGGCCCAAAGGGACAUGGAGGAGCUGAGGAUGAUAGGCAGGAACAAAAGAAGAAUGAAAAUGUCGACUAUAACUGUAGGUUUAGAAGUUUAGCAGAAGAAGACUCAUCAGAAGGUGGUAAUCUCCAAGUCGUGCCAGGUUCAUCACAAGGAAAAGGAACAGGAAGUGGAGGAACAGGAAAUGAACAAGGAAAUAAUGGAGGAAAUGAUAGUGUCAAUAGCUCCCAGUGUAGAAGCCUUAGACUUUUAUCUGAGGAUGUUUCACCACGGGGUUAUAGAAAUUACAACGCAGAUGGAGAGGAACCUGGAGACAGUGUUGCUGAUGCAAGUCCCCCGCUUAUUAGACGAUUUAGGAUCUUAAUAGAUGAUGACCCAAUAAUAGACUAUAAUGAUUUGUAUUUUCAGGGGGAAUGCAUUGGUUCAGGUAUUGGAGGUGGAAAUGGAGCAAAUGGAGGUGGAGGAAAUGGAAUUGGAGGAAGUGGAAAUCCAGGAGGUCAGUCUAAUGGAGAUAACAGUGGAAGUGGUUUGAAUGGUAGGAGAUUUAGGAUUCUGGUACAAGAAGGUUCAUCGCCCACUGAAAAAUUGGAUAAUUUAGAUGGAAGUGGUGAUGAUGAUAGCCAAAUUGUAAAUCCAGGGGGUGGCAAUGAUGGAAAUAACAGUGGAAAUGUUCAGAAUUGUAGACAACAUAGGCUUCUAGGAGAAGAUUACGAUGAUGAUGAUGAUGAUUAUGAUUUAGUGAUAGAUGAUUACGUGGAAGGUAGAGGAAAUGGAAAUCACGCAGAGAAUUCUGAUGGAAAGAACAAUAGAGAAUAUCCGAUAAUUACACAUCCUAGGGUUCUGGCACAGGAAGGUUCAUCACCAGAUGGAAGAGUGGAUGAGUCAGAUGGAGGAAGCAGAAAUAAGGGAAAUACAAAACAUGCGAAAGGUGAUGAUGAGGGAUCGAUUACUACACAAUCUAGUGCUCUAUCGGAUGUGCACAAACAAAAAAAAAUCAUCAAAGGAUCUGAUGAGGCAGUAGAAGGAGAGUUUGGUGGAUCAGAUAGAGGUGAAAACACGAAUGAAAUAAAUGGCGGAAAUAGUACACAUGAUAUAAAUGCUGCACUUUUAUCAAGUGCUGGUUUGUCCUCUAAGGAUGGGCUAGAAAAUAGCCAAGUGGGAUAUCAGGAGGACGAUGAAGAAGAGGAAGCAUAUAAGGGCAAGUAUGACCCCUAUGGUAUGAGUGAAACGACUCAAUCGGUGAAUAAUUUUGCUGAUGGAAGGAUGAAGAAGCAGAGGGGUCUUAUUAAGGGUAGCUCCGGUGAGUGGGGCGAUUACCUGAAGUCGUCUACGUUGUCUACCUACAGGAAUUAUGGGGAUUAUAGAGGUUACUCUAGUCAGGCAGCUUCUCCCAACUAUGCAGACACUCAGUGGCCUGCGAACUACAAGAAUCUGUUUAGCGAAAGCCCGUACAUAUACAGGAAGGGAAGCUACUACUUUAUCAAUCCCAGCCCAUUUAGCAUAAUUAAAAUGAAGCAGCAAGGAGGUGUUCGACCCGAUAAAGGAAGCCGCGAUUACGUGGAUUGCUACGCCACCUGGUUUAGCACCAAGUAUAACUCUGCAAAGGGAAACGAAUAUUCCUAUAGGCAUAUAAAGCAAAUAGAAGAAAUAAUCCCGGGUGCAUUAACAGGCUUUAAAAAUGAUGAUGGGUAUAUGAGAUUAAUGGUGCCUUCUUUUAUCCCAGAAGAUAUGUUUCUGCAUUGCAUUUUUAGAAGUGAGUCGUUUAAUGGAAUGCUGGAUUCCGAGGGUCACAUUAAUCGAACUGAGACAUACCCCGUGAAAAUUUAUUUGAAAAAAAAUUUAAACAAGACGAAAGGAUGUUCGUUUCAAGUGAACGAAGGAAACAUACUUUAUAAGGAAUAUGCGCAGAGGGAGUCAUUCCUGACGAAGAAGAUAAUCAUGAAUGAAAAAAAUAAAAGCAACAACGAGUGUGUGAUAGAAGCGUGGAACGAAAUUGUAGCAUUUCAAUGUGGACCACCUUACAUAAAAGGCACAAGGGAAAAGCACCAUGUAGACGAUUAUAAUUUUACUGGUGGGGAGAAAGAAAACAAUUUGAUCAGCCCAGGUGUAUCCGAAGGAGACUUUUUUAGAACUGAUCCUCCAUACUGUUUUGAGCAUGUAAAUGAAAAUCAGAAUCUGGUGGAUAUUUUACCCAGCAGUUUCCCCUUCCCGAGUUCGAAUAUGUUAGCUGGACAGAUCCAAGGGAACCAUACGAGGUAUAUAAAAUUGGACAAGUACAGUGAUAGUAGAACUAUUGCAUGCUACUGCAACUACUAUAAAGAGAAUAGCAUCCUGUACUCUGGGAAGAUAAUCAUAAGAGUACAACCCAGCCACCACGCGCAGUUGAAUACGAAAGGUGGUCACCUAGCGCAGUCAGAUGCAAGGGGAAAUUUUGUCCAGGGAAUGGACCAGAAGAUGGGCGCUGCUAACGAAGAUAUGAAUCUGUCCCCAGAAAAAAACACCUCACACAGGGGAAAAAACUACGACACGAUUAGUGGUAAUGAAAGGCGCGAUAACAACGCAGGAAGUGCACACGGUGGGGAAAAUAAAGGGGCUGUUUCCUCCGAUUACAUGGCGGACAAGACAAGGAAGAACCCCAUGUCCAAUUUUGACUUCAACAACAAGGAAGGCAUAAACGGCAUUCUGUUCAAAAAUAAUAGGAUGGUGUCGAGCCUAAGUUAUGCUGUCAUCAAGCGCUUCGGUGACAAAUUCAAGGGUGAGUAUGUUGAGGAUCUGCCCCUGGAGGAUGGCUACGGGGGCGAAGGUUACUGUGGUGGAGAUUCCUACACCGACUUGGAUGGGGAACCUGACAUGCAAGAGCAUGACGAUCUGUACAAUGACGCUUACACAGAUGCGUAUGAAGAUUCCUACGAUGAUAUGUAUACCGAAGCGCAUACCGAUCCGUAUAGCAACCUGGAGGGCGAUGUCAAUGGAGACUUUCUUUUCGACUUGAACGACAAAUUCAUGAAUGAAAAGGCACCCUCCAAACAUAAGCCCCUGGACAGAAGUGUGGAUCUGCAGGACAGUAUCGUGCAUGCUGGAGAAUCUCAAACCAUUACUGUGAUUAACAAGUCCAAAAAUGUUAAGUUAGUGCUUCCAAAGGACAGCGGAAAGGAAAAGUCAGACGGAGGGGAUCGGGAGCUGUCCUACCCUAAGGUGAUCUCAAUCGUGUAUGAAGAGAAAGCGAACAAACAUGAGAAGGUGAAUAAAUCGCUCAAACUGUUUAAGGAGUUCUUCCCUCCUGUGCAUAGGGAUCCGCAAGGGAUGGACGCGAAGAAGAACGUCGAGUCUGAAGGAGAGGUGGAUUCUUUAGAGGCGGACAGGGAUAUAAGUGAAAGGGGCAAAGACGAGCUGGUCGAUGAAGAGCAGGAUGAGGAGGACAUGGAGGAAUGGAUAAAAUGGGAGAAUCAGAACGAUGGGAAGGUUGAGAAAGAAGGAAGGGAUGUAACAGACGGCAAGGACAAAAUAGACUCGAAAGAAGAGAAGGAUUGGAAGGAAGAGGAAGACGUGCGCGACUUCAUAUACCAUGGAUUCACCAAAGAGCAGAAAAAUAAAACGCAUAAUUCCAUCGAUACAGAGAUAAUCAGUUCUGGGGAUGACGCGAAUUGGGAGAAGGAGAACGACGAAAGAGGCUUUUUAUCUGCAGCCGACGAACAAGUAUUGAUGAAAAGACGAAGGCGCGGUGCUAAGAAUUCACCCUCUGGUGAACAAGCCGCACAAGAAAAAGGACGAGCACGGAGAGACGUGAAGCGACAAGAGCAAACGAAACGGACGCAUAGUGCCCAAGAUGACAAACAAGGCAGCGAUUCAAGUUCUGCAGCAGGUGAUGAGCACAGGGGACAACACUGUGGGGAGAAAAAGGAACAUCUGGAAGGACUCAGGGAGGAACAAGAGGAAGAACGACGUGGUAGAGAUAAGAUUGAUCAAGUUGAAGGACGAAGUAAACAGAUGCAGGAUUCAAAGAAAGGAUGGAGCACAGAUAAGGAGGACACUGACGCAAUGAUAGGAGAAAUAGGUGAGGGGAAAGAAUCAGAUAGGGGGGAUGAAGAAAAAGGGGGAGAGAACGAGAAGAGCGAAGCGAAAAACCCAGAAAAUGAUGAACCACAGAGGAGUAGAAAAUCCAAGGCAAACAGGAAAAAAAGGAUGAGAUAA